GUCCUGCUCUUCAAUUUUUACUAUUUCCAUUUACUGUCAACCUUAGAUCCAAAAAGAUCAUGCCACUUACAAAGCUAGAUUAUUUCCUAUCUUGGCUUCAAUUUUCCAACGUAGUGACAUCAACAACCCAUUAGUCAAGGUUCCAUAUAAUUUAUUGGCCUCCCACAUCCAUCUAAACUCUAAUGUCAUUCGCAAACAACAAUAUCAAAUGUCGGGUCAACAGUAAGAAUUUAUUCCCUAACUGUUCGCGACUAACUGCUGACCUGAUUUUCAGAGCAGAAAAGCAGGAUCACGAUGAGACUGCUCCAAGAAUGAGUGGUAACACCAUCUCUUCAAAUCCAGCUCGGACGGAGAGUAUCAAAAAUGAGAUAGCCCUCACUGCAAAUGCAAGACAAAGUAGUUUUGGGGCAGAGACCGUAAUAAAUGAAGAAGAGCCCACUGAUGAAGAAAGAAGAACUUUACGACGCAGUAUGUAGCAAUUGCACGUCAUAGGUGAUUGGGAAAGCUGACAAUAUCUUAGUUGGCGAUAGUUUGCCCAUGUCCGCUUGGCUUGUCGCCAUUGUAGAAUUAUGUGAAAGGUUCUCAUAUUAUGGCUGCGUUGGAUUAUUUCAAAAUUAUGUUCAAAGACCAUUAGAUGGUUCUUUGGGCCGAGGUGCUCUUGGUAAGAAUUAAAUCUCCUCGCAUUAUGACCGUUAACUAACUUUGUAGGCCUUGGACAUCGAACUGCCACUGCUCUUACCGUCUUCUUUUCCAUGUGGUGUUAUUGUAUGUCAACUCCUGUCCUCAUUUUUGGUGUGUUGAUAGCUCAUGUUCUUCACAGUUACCCCUAUUUUUGGUGCCAUCGUCGCCGAUCAAUAUCUCGGCCGAUUCAAGGCAAUUUGCUACUUUGCCAUCGUCUAUAUGGUCGGACUUCUAGUCCUCGUCCUGACAUCUCUACCAAUUUCACUUGAAAAUGGAGCAGGAUUAGGAGGAUUCAUCGCCGCCAUUCUGAUCAUCGGUGUUGGAACCGGAGGUAUCAAGUCCAACGUCAGUCCUCUAAUUGCCGACCAAUAUACUCGUAAACGCAUGGCAAUUAAAGUACUCGAGAAUGGCGAACGUGUAAUCAUCGAUCCGACCGUUACUGUCCAGCGAAUUUAUUUGAUCUUCUAUUGGUGUAUCAAUAUUGGAGCUCUUUCUCUUCUCGCAACACCUUACAUGGAACGAGAUAUUGGAUUUUGGUCCGCUUUCCUUUUGUGUUUAUGCGUUUUCCUUGUUGGAUUCGCCACACUACUUUUAGGAAGAAAGAGAUAUGUUGUUCGUCCACCAAAGGGAACAGUAAUCACAGAUGCAUUUAAAGUCAUUGGAACAAUGAUAAAGUACCGAAAAUUAGAUGCCGCUAAACCUUCCUAUCAAACUGCAAACGGGAUCCCACAAUCAACUCAAUGGAACGAUCAAUUCGUAGAAGAAGUAAAGCGCGCAUUAAUAGCCUGUCGCGUCUUCGUCUUUUACCCCAUCUAUUGGGUCGUCUACGCCCAAUUCUCUAGUAACUUCGUUUCACAAGCCGGAGAAAUGAAUACCCACGGAGUACCCAAUGAUCUAUCACAAAACUUUGACCCUAUCGCCAUUAUCCUCCUCGUCCCAGUGAUGGACCGAUUCGUGUAUCCAUUAUUCCGCAAGUUGCACAUCAAAUUCCGACCCAUCUCACGUAUCACCUUUGGAUUUAUCGUCGCAAGUCUAAGCAUGAUGUACGCAGCCAUCGUACAGCACCUCAUCUACAAAGCCGGACCAUGUUACGGCAAACCCCUCGAGUGUCCUGCUGCCAUCUUACCCGAUGGAACAAUCCAACCCAACGAUGUUCAUUUCGCCAUUCAAAUCCCAGCAUAUAUCUUCAUCGGAGUAUCUGAAAUCUUCGCUUCGGUUACCGGUCUCGAAUAUGCAUAUACCAAAGCACCCGUAUCUAUGAAAUCAUUCGUGCAAGCUAUGUUUUUACUGACUAAUGCGUUUGGAUUCGCGUUAUGUCAGGCUUUUAUUCCAUUGGUGGGUAAUCCGACGAUUCUUUGGAUGUUUGUGGGACUUGCCUGUGGGAGUUUUGGGGCGGGGAUAGUGUUUUAUAUUUGUUAUCAUAAACUUGAUGAUCAGGAGGAUGAAUUGAAUAGUUUGGAUGCUAAAGCUGAGGAGUUGGAAUUGAGGGGGUCGGAUAAUGGGAAUACGAGGGAUAUGUAGGGGAUGGUGGUGGAGUGUGGGGUUGUGGGGUUGUGGGGUUGUGGGGGUAUGGGGUGUUGCAUGGGUUGGGUGGUGGAAGAAUAUAUUAAUAUUUUGAAUUGUGAUGAUGUUUGAAUUUAGAUAGUAGAGGAGCAUAAAGUAUGUGUCAUGUGUCAUGUGUCAUGCGUCAUGUGUCAGUAGGUAGUAGUGACGAGAUU